UAUCAGUGUCCAGUCGCCCGAAGAAGCCCAGGGAAGCAGCCAGGUCACAGGAUCAGUGACGUCCAGAAGGUGGGAGCUGAUUGUGAACCAACGGGCUGCCGCACAGACUGACUGCGAGCCUGUCAAACACAACCAACACAGCCAACAUGGCGGACUGGGACGCUGAAACCUUCGAGCCGGAGGAGCCGAAUAAAAAGGCGGCAGUGGUUGACAAAUGGGAAGGCGAAGACGAUGAAGACGACGUUAAGGAUAACUGGGAUGAUGACGAAGAAGAGAAGGAGAAAAGGGCAGCGAUGAAAAAGGAGGCAAAGGUUUCUGAAAAAAAAAAGUUGAGUGAGAAGAUCAAAGAGAAAGAAAACCGGUUAAAGAAAAAAGAGGAGGAGAAGAUGAGAGAGUUGGAGGAAAAUGAAGAAGAGCUCUCUCCUGAAGAAUUACUUGCAGAUAAGUUAAGAGUGAAGAAAUUACAGGAAGAAGCAGACUUGGAGCUAGCAAAAGAUGCUUUUGGUGUCAGCAGCACUGCAAGUAGUGUCACUGGGCUCGACGCUAUGUGUCCAUCUUCCAAAGAAGACUUUACAGAGUUUGAAAACAAGCUGAAGGAAAAGAUAUCCCAGUUUGAAACAUCUGUGCAUUAUUCAAAUUUCUUGGAUUCUUUGUUUCGGGAACUCUGUAUUUCAUUGGAAAUAGAAGACUUGAAGAAAGUCAGUAAUUCCCUGACAGCCCUACUUAGUGAAAAACAGAAACAAGAAAAGCAAAACAAAGGAAAGAAGAAGAAGAAAGGGGUUGUAGCUGGAGGCGGAUUGAAAGCACAGCUGAGAGAUGACAUGGAGUAUGGAGAGUUUGAUGGUGGCUACGCCCAAGACUAUGAGGAUUUCAUGUGACACUGGCUCCACCACCUCGGCCCUUUCCCCCUCCCAACCCUCAGAAAUGCAGCUGUACCUUCUUGUGCUGUCCAGUGCCAUCCUGGAAAAUCUGAACUAUGUGUUGCCCCCUUCAUUUUGCUUCUAUGACCAGAGGGACUUUACCAGGGAGGAUCCAAUCUCACCAACUCUUUAAUACAUAUGGAAUUGCCUUUUCUGUCUCAUUCAGCCUCGACUCACAUCACGCAUAAUCUGUUGGGUGACCCAGCGUCAAUAGAGAAUACAUUGUAACUGCUGCGGGGUCUGACUUUUGCAGGGCUAAUUUUUCUUAUUAAAUGUUGCUCUUGUCAAAAUAUCAGAUACAGUAUUGCAGUUAUAAGUAACGUGACAUAGAAACACAAGGUUCUAUGCUAAUUCUUCAAGCAGAAUGUAUAUAUUCUAGGUCUCGCUUACCUGUGGAUGGUAUUCUUACAGGAAAGUAUAUAGUAUCUAUAACUUGCCAAAUUCAGAACAAUUAUUCAUCUUUAUCUCUGGAAGGUUGAGUUGUGGAUGAUUUUGAGACUGACAACAUGUAAGUAGUUGUUGUAAUUUUACAGAGAGCACACGACUUUCAAUGUAAGGUAAAAGGGAUAGACAAGUAUAAUAAAUGUGACUUUAAAACCUCACAGCCAUUCUCUGAAAAAAAGUGUGAAGCAAAGAGUACUUAGGUAUUUUUUGUGCAUGACCAAUGUAAUUUACUAAUUUGAAUUCUAAUGCAGGAAAAGUAUGGAUCAGGCUAGUGGAUUAACUUGCUACGACUGGUCUCCUAAUCAUUGCUUCUGCAGGCUUGUAUCAAGUGUGAUGAGGAGCGGGGGCUUAUGGGCUUCACCCCUUAUGUCUUCAUACGGGCUACAGUUUGUUGAAGGGGCAUAUGUUUCUUUUUCAAGCAAUUUCAAUGUUACAUGGACAAUUGGAUAUACACAAUGUGGAAGAAACAGCAUCUGCAGUGUUUUAUAAGCAUCUAAUUUAAUAAAUCACUGGUCAAAACAA